AUGUCACUCCUUCAAGACAGUGUUUUGAUCAUCACGGGCAGCGCGUCUGGCAUAGGCCUCGCAACAGCCACCGCAGCUCUAAGCCAAGGGGCGAAAGUUCUGGGUGUUGAUGUCUCAUCAGCGCCCGUAUCACUCAAUGAACACCCAAAUUACAAGUUCCUGCAAGGGGAUCUUACCCAUCAGGCAACUCCAAAUCAAGUUGUAGAGACAUGUAUCAAAGAGUUCGGUGGACGUAUCGAUGGUCUCCUCAAUAUUGCUGGUAUAAUGGACCACAAUGCCAGUGUGGAUAGCCUCUCGGACGACAUGUGGGAGCGAUGCAUUGCAGUCAAUUUGACAGCCCCUGUGAAGCUCAUGCGUGAGGUCAUUCCUAUCAUGCGAGAGCAGAGGAGCGGUAGUAUUGUCAAUGUCGGUAGUAAGGCAGCCAUGAGUGGUGCUGCAUCUGGCAUCGCGUACACAGCCAGUAAACAUGGGUUGAUGGGUGCAACCAAAAAUGUUGCUUGGCGGUACAAGCAAGAGGGAAUUCGUUGCAAUGCUGUUUGCCCAGGUGGAGUUCCAACUGGUAUAGUACAAGCAUCUGAUCCAAACAAUUGGGACCAGGAUGCGCUAGCGACAAUGUCUCAUAUUCACCAGGCACAUUCUGCUGAUAGACAGAAAGGACUGGGUGUUGAGACCGAGGAUAUCGUCAACUGUGCUCUCUUCCUGGUCUCCAUCCAGAGCAAGAGAAUCAAUGGAGCAAUCAUUCCCAUCGACAAUGCUUGGUCUGUGAUUUAG